ACAGGCAAGUCUCUUUGUUAGUUAACACUUCACUGUUAGGACAGCGAGGUAAAGAAAAGAGAAGAGCAAGGGCCAGGAUUUGAUAAAACCUUAAAACAGCAGAAAAUGUUACAGAGGACAGCAUCCAGUGUGUCAGACAGAGCAAAGAACAGCAAACCAAAGCGCUCCACGAGCUUCGGAAGGUUUGAGGGUCUCAGACAUCACCAGUCACAUGCCAAACUAGAGGAAAAUGGAACUAAUAUGCUCACAGAAGAAUGUGAAAGUUCAGACCCAAACAAGUCAGCUGGACUUGGGAAGAAGAUGAAGGCAAUUUCAAUGACCAUGCGCAGAAAAAUGGGGAAAAAACAUGCCAAGUCUUUCUCUGAGGAGACAGGUGAUGACACAGACAAAGACCCAGAGGCAGAGACAGAGAGCAGUGCUCCAGCUAACUCCUUAGAAAGUCUUUACAGUGGCCAGAGCUGCUCUAGUUCAGGUGGUGUGACCAGUGAGUCCAAUGGCUCUGGUCAGAAAGACAGUCUGAGGCUGGGGGAGGACGGCUCCUACCAGGGACAGUUCUGUGGCAGAGCUCGUGUCCACACAGACUUUGUUCCCAGCCCGUACGACACAGAUUCUCUCAAACUCAAGGUGGGUGACAUCAUCAACAUCAUCAGCAAGCCUCCGAUGGGCAUCUGGACAGGCAUGCUGAACAACAAAGUGGGAAACUUCAAGUUCAUCUAUGUAGAUGUUCUGGCGGACAAAGAGGAGGAAGAAGAAGCAGCCCCCAAGAUCAGACAACAGAAGCUCUGCAAGCGACCUCGACCUAAAACGUUGCUGGAGCUACUGGAGCGACUGAAUCUCGAGGAGUACGCCUCUGCCUUGCUGCUCAAUGGCUACCAGACCGUGGAGGACCUGUUGCACCUGCAGGAGAAGGACCUGAUAGAGCUGAACGUCAAAGACCCCGAGCACAGACACAGGCUUCUGGCUGCUGCUGAAUUCCGCUACACAGAAGGUGAUGAUGUCAGAGAUGCGGAGGAGCACAAAUCCUCCCACAGUCUAAAGGAGGAAGACAGCGACUGUCCCAGAGACUCGGGCUGCUUCAUCCCCUCUGAAUGUUCAGACAGCAAAGAGGAUGCAGAGCAGCUCACAGUAGCUGUGGAUUCGUAAUGUUCUCAUUUGUCAGAUGGCUACUUUGACAUUUGGAAUUCAGAGUUGAAUAUUUUCUUAUGACCGAUGGUUUCAAUAAUUAUCUCUUCAUUUUCUCAAAAUAGUGUCGUAAUGUCCCUUAUUCCAACCAGCUGUCCACAAGCUUUUUAAAUGUGUGAUAUACAUUUAGGAAGAACAAACAACCAGUAUUCUAAAUGUCAUCUUAUCCAUUUGACACUUUAUCAAUAUAAUAAUUAACGUGUAAGUUUUGAGUUCUGGAGGUUUUUGUUUUUUUUUAAUUUUAUGUUGUUGAAAAAGUGACAUUUCAUUGAUUUAAUGUCAUUUGUAUUUAUUGCAUUCCAAAUCAUUCAGUGUUAUUGCAUAUAUUGCCUUUAUUUAUCACAGCUGCAUCAUUUCUAGCUGUCUCAUCACAUCCAAUCUCAAUUCAACAUCCAGUGUCAUCUUUUCUUUUUCCUAUGAAUGAAGCGAUAUUGUUGAAGGGAUGUUUUCAAAAAAGUAGUGUCUGGGUUUGAACGUUGCAUAUUCAGAUCUUGCCUAUAAUGUAUACUGCACAGGAAAAGAUGUAUGUUAUUUUUCUGGAUGUGUGUGGUGUGAAUGAGCGAGCGUGUGAGAGAGUCUGUGGGUGUCAGUCUGCAUUCAUCUGUUUUCACAACUUUUUGUAAAUAAAAUUAAACAA